CACUUUUCUUUUCUAGUUGAAGACUUAAAGACAAGCUCAGCAAAAAGAAGCAAGAAAAUGUCACUUGGUACAAUUGGGAAGAACAUCAAACUUAACAAUGGAGCAUUAAUUCCUUUCAUGGGAUUAGGGACGUGGGAGAUCAGUAAUGCCGAUGUAAUUGUCAAAGAGGCAUUGAACGUUGGAUACCGUUGUAUCGAUACCGCAGUAUUAUAUGGCAAUGAGGAGCUUUGUGGAGAUGGUAUAGUUGAGUGGUUGAAAGAAGAUCCAAAGCAUAAGAGAGAAGAUGUUUACUAUAUUACAAAGCUCUGGAAUAAUCAGAAUGGGUACUCCACGGCCAAAAAGGCAAUCGCUGAUUGUUUGCAAAAGGUGAAAGGGCUAGGCUAUAUUGACCUGUUAUUGAUCCAUUCCCCGACCGAAGGUCGUCAAAUGAGACUAGAUACCUGGAAAGCUAUGCAGGAAGCAGUUGACCAAGGCAUUGUCAAAUCGAUCGGUGUUUCUAACUACGGUAAAAAACAUAUCCAAGAAUUAUUAUCUUGGGACGGCCUAAAAAUUAAGCCCGUUGUCAAUGAGAUUGAGGUGUCCCCAUGGUGUAUGAGACAAGAAUUAUGUGAUUUCACCAAUAGCCAAGAUAUUAAGGUCAUUGCAUAUGCACCUUUAUCACAUGCUUACAGACUCAAAGAUGCCGAUGCUGUUUCUGUUGCAAAGGACAAAGGUGUUACCGUUGCCCAAGUUCUUAUCAGAUGGUCCUUACAAAAGGGCUAUAUUCCAAUUCCUAAAACAAAAACAGUUUCAAGACUACCUCAGAAUUUGGACGUUUUGAGUUUUGAGCUAUCGGAAACAGAAAUGGCCAAGCUUGACCAUCCUAACGUACAUGACCCAUCUGAUUGGGAAGUUACGGAAUGUCCAUAAAUGGGAAAGACAUCUGAACUAAAAAUCCUGAAAUAACCUCAUUCUUUUUAUAUUAUGUUGUAGAAUGCUUACGUAAGUUAUACUUUUCAAAACCAGUACUAUUUUUGCCAAGUGUCG